ACUGGCAACGUGUACCACAUUCAAAUCUGGACAGAACCCGGUCGGCCUCUCGGUUCACCUCCGCACAAAACAGCAGAAAACGCGGGCCGCGAGAGAAUUGCGUGUAUGUUUAGAACGGACAAUCAACAACUGUUGUAUGCGAUUAGUUUAGGAUUGUUUGUGCAUAUCGUCGUGUGCCUCCAUUAUCAAGUACAAGCGCGAAAUAGAUUUGCAACGCAAAGAGCAUUUCGCGGCGCCCUCGUGCGACGACCCUUUCGCUUUUCCCCCGUAAGUGUGAAUUUUGCGCGCGCGCACACACAGUUUAAUGUAAAUGUCACGGGAACGUAGGGGUAGCGUGACCGUGUGGCGGAAGUGUUGUUUCGUGUUGUGGAAUUAUGUGCAUGGACAUUCAGGUUAACGAGAAGAAGGAGAAGAUGAGCGACAGGAGUGUCGACGAAGACGUACAAAUCGUCGAAGCCCGAGUCAACAGAGGUUUUGAUAAAGUUGUCGUGAAGCAAGAACUUCCCGAUGAAGCGGAAAUCCGAGAAUUGGCUGCCAAAAUGGUGGAAGCAAACAAGGCGAAGAUGGUCAGCGGGGUACCAGGGGCACCGGCACAGCAGAGACCCCCACAGUGUCUCCUUCCGCAAUCAAAUCUUCCUGGUAUUUUAGGAUACUUGAAUAAGCGGGUAGCAGAUUCGUCAACUACUGUGACAACGAAACCCGCUUCUGCGGAAGGCAAAGUACCGCCUGAUGAUGAGAGUCAAAGAGGCCGAUUCGGAUGGACAAGUUUCGACGAUUGUCAUAUACCAUAUAUAUUUCGCUCUGGUGAAAAGUAUUGCGCUGUUCGAAUUUUAGAAUCUAAGCUGCUGAACAAGUACCUGAGUUACCUACACUCGGAUAUCUACAGUUGUACGUGUAUAAGAAGUUACUACAUUACGGAAGCGGAGAGCAAGUUGUUCACUGAUAUAAAUGUGAAACACUGCGAGAAUCAAUUCGGAAGAGAACCAUUUACGUGUAAAGACCUAGUGGUUCGACUUUCAGACGCGAAGGAGUUUUAUACAUUUCUGGACGUGUGUUACACAAAAUUAACGGCAGGCACGAAUCCUAACAUGUCGAGUGGGCAUAAAGCCGACAAAUGUGGAUUUAUUCGAAUAAAUAAGGAAUCUGUAGUUCCCUAUACGGUAAAGGACAGUCUUCAAUACGUCCCUCUAUUUUACUUUGAAGGCGAGACUGAGAAUCUUAAAUUGAAAGCAGAGAAACUCGAAGGUUGGGACUUGUCAUACUUAAAAUUUUGUUGCAAAGUACAGGGUAUUCGUAAUGAACUAUUUGCAAGUGAAACAUGCUCGGUGAUUAGUUUGAAUGAUAUUAAAAGUUAUUUCCCCCCUGGCACGGGGUUCGAAGACUAUUGGCCGACUAAAGUGAUGGACUCUCAGUUAUUAGUGAAUAGUAAAGGUGGUGGCAGCGGAGGUGGUUGGACGAAACAACCUCCGACACCGCCAGCGACGAAACCAGUUCCCGUACAAAAUAAUGCGAAUAAGGCAACCGUUAAUACACGUGCUGCCCCUAUGCAUAAUAUUCUACCACGUGGAUCUGCUGCUGCAAAUACAUCUCAAGUACAGCAACGUGUCAGCCAACCCAGACCCGUUGCAACGACCCAUCCUGCACAUUCUUCACCAACAGCACUUUCCUCCGGCAGGUCAAAUAUCGUCACACAACCGAUGCUGAACACGGUGCAAAGUGUUAAUGGUUGGACGGGUCUCGUCGGUGGUCAACCCACCUUCCAAACGACACUUGUUUCUCAACCUAGUUCCAUUAUACGGAUGCCCUCGUCAUCAUUAAAUAUGCACAAUCAAAUAUCUACUCCACCAAAAAGUUAUUCACAACAAUCUAGUAGGAGUAGAGGGGGUGGUGGUAGUACAGCGACUCAAUACCCUGGCGUAUAUCCAGUUACAACCAUGCAGAAUGUUGCUCAGGCUCAACCACCCCCUCUUGUCAGAGCAACAGUUCAUUCCAGUCAACCUAAUCUUGGUUAUCCAACCUAUGGGAAGGAUGACUGGGUUACUUCAACAUAUACUACGCCUACUUUAGGUGUGCCAAAUGCUGUCACAGCAAGUACAUACCCCCAAAUGCUUGGUUUAAGCGAACAAGUACAAGCUCUGAUGCCAUCACCUACAUCGGUAUCUACACUGUUGCAUCCACAAAGGCAUACAGCAUCCAUACAUAACACGUCACAUGCAAAGUAUCCACCACCAUUAAUACCAGUUAAUGGUAGUAAUAAUAGUACCAGGGAUUCAAGAGGCAGAAAGCCAUUGAUCUCAAUAUCAGAAACACAUAUAUCGACCUGUCAAGUUCAACCUUAUCAAAUUCAGAAAGCUCUGGUAGGAGACAAGAUGGUACCUUGUAUUAAUUUCAAGCCAUAUAUAUAUUCUGAAUUAUUGAUGACACUUCCUGACUUUGUCGCUCAGUAUUUUCCUGCCUGUGACAUUAAUUGCUGUCGGCAGGUUCUUACAGACGUCUUACAUGUAGAUCUGUAUCAAGGAAAUAGGCUACAAAUGAAGAUGUUAAUGGAAGCAGGAAAGUGUUCAUCUUUAAAUGAAGAACUGCCAUUAAUACAAGUAAAAAGUAUAAUGAAAUACAUGCCCCAAUUGAGGUAUAUGUUUAAUAGAGAUGGUGAAAUGACAAUGCCUGCUCCUGCACAUUCCUCUGAGGAACACCCUGCCAAAAAGCGACAACGCACCAGCUAGGAUUGGCUACAGCCUUACUGGCCUACUUACGAUUAUUAUCAUUCGGCAUUUUAAAAAAGCCGAUUACUUUGACUCAUAUGUAAUAAAUCUGUAUUAUUACAUGCUCUGAAGAACCGUAAACCGGAUUAAUCUAUA